UUCUGUGCUGCAAUGGUCAUUUUUAAUCACUUUACCCACUGAAACUACAGCAAAGGCAUUCAAUACAGUUUGGAAAAGCAGGAGUGCUCCCACGUAUAUCAAAGGCUUGAAAGUGAAACCUGUUAUACGUGCUGUAAUAGCAUUUGUACUGUAGUGUAACUUUUGCUCGGCUACGUGGAUAAAUGGACUUUAGUAUUUAAAACUGCCACGUACGCACUCUGUUACAUCACUACAGCUUUAAGUCUGCAACAAACUAGAUUAGAAUCGCUUAAGUUUAGUUUGGUUGUUUUUUGCCUGCAGUCUGUGAUGGUAUUGUGAUAUCUAUUUGCAGCAGACAGAAAGCCUCAAAGGUAAGAAUGAGGGGAGCAGCAUCUGACAUGGCAGACACAAACCAGCUUUUUGACGACACUAGUGCCAACGCGGGGCCACCUGGCUUUGGGUACAGAGGUCAGGAGACGCCAAGGAUGGCACAGGCCCUGCUCACAGAGCCCAUGUCUAACUUCGCUGUAACCUACGGGAGCAGUCUGGCUAGCCAAGGAAAGGAAAUGGUGGAUAGAAAUCUGGACCGAUUAAUUGCCAUCUCUAAACUGAAGUACUACUUUGCUGUAGAUACAGUCUAUGUGGGAAAGAAGUUGAGGCUGCUGGUCUUCCCCUACAUGCAUCAGAACUGGGAGGUGAGGUACCAGCAGGAUACUCCAGUGGCACCUCGAUUUGAUAUAAACGCCCCAGAUCUUUACAUUCCAGCUAUGGCUUUCAUUACCUACAUACUCGUAGCUGGGUUUGCACUGGGAACACAAAACAGGUUCUCCCCUGAGAUCCUGGGAAUACAGGCCAGUUCUGCUCUGGUGUGGCUGAUCGUUGAGGUGCUGGUCACCUUGUUGAGUCUGUACCUGGUGACUGUGAACACAGACCUCACCACCAUCGACCUGAUCGCCUUCUCGGGGUACAAGUAUGUGGGAAUGAUUGUGGGGGUCGUGUCUGGGCUGCUGUUUGGCAGGACUGGUUACUACUUGGUGCUGCUGUGGUGUUGUAUAGCGAUCGUUGUGUUCUUGAUCCGAUCCCUGAGGCUGAAGAUCCUUUCGGAAGCUGCUGCAGAGGGCGUGUUAGUCCGGGGAGCGAAGAACCAGCUGCGCAUGUACUUGACCGUGGCCAUCGCUGCUGCCCAGCCCAUCUUCAUGUACUGGCUCACCUACCACCUGGUCAGGUGAACCCUGCUACACACACAAACACAGAAGAAUCCAACAGUCAGGAUUUGGGCAUCUAGCGAAGGACUGUUCGACGGACAUUAACAAGCGUUUCAAUUGCAAGGAACUUCUUUCCAAAACCGUAACUGAUGGACUGAUAAAGAAUGAAUGUUAAAUCUUUAGAGUAGAGUAUUGGAUGGCUUUUGUUCUUGUAGAAUGGGUGUACAGCUGUGGCCAAAAGUUUUGCAUCACCCCAUAGAAUGAACUAACAUUGCUUCAUAAAGUCAAAAUGAAAA